UCAAAUAUUGGACUCUCUGAUUUUUCAUAAUCAAAACCCUUCACUCUCUUUCUCUCACACUUCCAUUUCUUCCUUCCUCCACACAAAAAAAUAUGUCCAUUGUUGAACUCGAUUUCUUCGCCAUGGAAAAUCAAUCCUCCGCCGCCGCCACCACCGCCGCCAACUCCACACUCUUCCGCCGUCAACGAAGCCUCAAAGACAUUCAGAGCGCCAUUUCCAAAAUCAAUCCUGCCAUUCUCAAAUCUCUCAUCGUCUCUGGCUCGCCCGAUCAUCACUCCGAUUUCACUGUUCCUUCUGCCAUUUCUCCGAAAUUUCGGAGUCCUAAUAGCGAUCGGAAUCUCUUGACAACUCUUCCAGUUUAUUCCGCCUCUGAAUCCAGGUUGAGUUCAGAGAUUGGUUCCGAUGAUAAAUAUCCUUUAACGAUUUUUUACAAUGAAACCGUCGCCGUUUUUCACGUUUCUCGUGAUGAGGCCAAAAGCAUUCUGACGUUUGCUGAAAAGAGUAGGAGCAAUAGUAAUGAAAAAAGUGGAGCUGAACGAGGGAAAUCAGUGGCUGAAAUUCCUUCAAAUCAGUACCAACAACUCCUGGACGUUGAUCCUCAAGAUGAGGAUCUUCCAUUGGCAAGGAAAAGGUCACUUCAUAGAUUCUUGGAGAAGCGCAAGGAGAGGUUAAUUCCUGUGGGACCCUAUGGUUGAGGCAAUGGAAGAAUAUAUUAGUCAAAUUGGGAAUAAUAAUUACUCAUCUCAUUUUAUUCAUCUAUUCUAAAUAACUACAAAUUAUUUGUUUUAAUUUGUACUAUUUUAUUUCCAUUAAUCUUUUGUUUUAUUAGGGUUAGAGAAGGUUGUGCUUAACAACUUCUGUUUAAACUCUUUCUUAUAACAUUUUACCUCAUUCUUGACGGUUAGAUAAUAAAACACUUCUUUACCUUUUUUAUUUGA